AUGAACGCCCUACAUCCAAUCGAAUCAGAGCAUGGAGAUGCGAAGAAGGUCUUUGAUGAACUGACAGAGGAAAUUCUCAAUGUCUCGGACCGGAUUUGCCUACCUGCGUCGCCUAUCGAUGGCCAGGCAACUUUCACACUCAGCGAGAUGACUGUAAUGAGAAAUCCUGGGUCCGAUUCGUUUCCCGGCGAAGUAGUUAUCUGCCCUAAGGCUUACUUCCAAGAUAUUACGAUAGAGAAACCAAAAGUCCUCAAGUAUCGGUGCUGCUGUGUAGGCGAACCGCAUUCCGACCACUUGACCUACAAGCUCAUCAUAGGGAAGAGCCUUCUCACAGAGGAGCUACAUCUUAAUGGGCUGCGCAAAUGGUUUAUUCUGGCAGUGAAGCCGGAACCACAAACGCUGGUCAUUGUGAGAUUGUCGGAAGUAUCACCCAUAUAUUACAGAGAGAUUGAAACCGUAUCAGAGAACAUUCGUUCUCGGGGAUUAUCUACGAAGCGUGUUCUUGGCUUGACAGUCGGGUCCGGAACGGUGGAGAUGAUACGGAAUGGCUGGGGAUUUCCUUCUGCCAAAAUAGUGAAAGUAACUCUUCACUCGUCCAAUACCACAACCUUACUUCCAAGGCCCUCACGUGUCGGGCUAAAACACUUUGGCGUAUUACAAUCUCCCUACAGCGGGGAGGACGCAGGUAAAGAUGUUUUGACAAGUUUAAUGCCUCAGUCCUACUUCUGUAUUGUUUCGAAAGGGUCUCCCUCGGGCGAGGACGCCUGGGAAGUGCGAGUUCACUUAGAUACGCGAAUAUGUCACGUAACCAACCCUCUCGGUAGGCUUGUUAUUACUCUGAAGAAUAUAGCAUUGCCUCAAGCUAUUGCCCCAGGGAAGCAGGGAACUGAGGACAAUGUUGACUUUUACUUCGAUCUACGUGAAGAGGCAGAUUUGUUCGCCGCGUACCUGAAAGUUGCUCAAGACAGAAUGCGAGAGCUGUUCAUUCAUGGACCUUUGGAAAACGAACAAAUCGUGGAUUCCCGGCUGCUUCAUCUUGAUUACAGUCAAAGUACCCAGGCUGAAAGUUGGAGAGAGCCUCCGAUUCCUGCCGAGGAUGACGCACGAGCAAAGAUUAGAUGUACCUUGGUAGCAUCAAAGGAAGAUGGAGAGCAGAGAUACAGGGCAAUUGUGUCGCGAGAGGGAUACGCUGAUGGUGUUUGUAUCAACUUCAGGAACAGAGUGCAACAGAUAUCUCAAAGAGGCCUACUGAAGUCUCUUCAGGAUCUUGGCAUAUGGAUAAGCGAUUAUGACGAGAGCGGCAAGUCCAUCGUCUCCCAGAUGAGCUGGGAGGAACUCACUCGACGAGGGAUCAAGUCCCGAAACUUAAGAGCAACAUUCAUCAAGAGCGAAAACGAACGUACGGCGGGCGAUUGGCUCGACGAAGUAGACGACCUGAUCAGAGCUAUGCGAGGUGACAGAAAUGACCGCUAUGAGCGAGUAAAGAUCGCCAUCAUUGACUCUGGCCUCCAUGACAGGGAAAGGAGUCGUUACCGAGCUGAGUAUAAAGACUUUACUGGCGUUCCUACAAAUGACUCGUGGCACGGUACUUGCUGUGCCGGGAUUAUUCAGGGAAUGUAUGAGGAGGCUAGGCUGUACAUCGCAAGGGUCUUUGAAAGGGAUCAUGCUGAUGAGAUUGAAGGGCCCCUUCGAAUGGCGAGAGCUAUUCACUGGGCUAUCGAGCCACCACACUCAGUUGACAUCAUCAGUAUCUCAGCUGGUUUCCGUAACUACUCCAAGGAACUCGACGACGCCGUGACGAGAGCCAAAGCUGCUGGUGUUCUGGUGAUAGCUGCAGCAUCAAACUGGCAAAACACAAACACAGUCGCUUUCCCAGCUCGACAUAAUCUCAGCACCAUGUGCAUUUACUCUACCAAUACUGGCAACCAAAGCUCAAGCUUUAAUCCGGAACCCCGUGCUGAUACACAGAACUUUGCGAUCCUGGGCGAGGGUUUUCAGCAUCCGGAUCAGAGGAGGAAUGAGCGCAUGAGCGGGACGUCAAUGGCUACGGCUGUAGCUGCAGGGCUUGCUGCGAGGAUAGUGGACUUUUCACGACAGAAGGAUAACAAAGAGUCCAUCUUUAGAGCACAAGAUGUCGGCAAACUGCCUGGCAUGCUUGCGAUCUUCAGCGCCAUGUCGAAGCCAGCAGGCAGUCUGAGAUACACAUCACCACUUGAGUUGUUGCCUUUGAGGCAUGGCGUCAGUCGGGAAGCAGAUAGACAUCGUGUGAGAGAAGUUAUAUCACAAGCUAUGGAGAGGGCAAACUAG